GACGACGACCCCCCUCCGCUUUCUGGGCUCACCGUCUCACACAUAGAUCCACCCAGGAACAUCACAUUCUCGAACACUUGGGCUAUAUCAUACCUCUCCGGGCCUCCUUCUGCACUGUACGAGACACACCAGUAAUCUCACGGCUCGCAUAGAUUCUCAGCUGCUCCGGAACCCACAACUGUAUCACUUGUAUCUUCAAGAAUGUCUCCUGUCGCCAUGUCUGUAGCCCCGGAUUCCCACUUUGGACCCCUCUUAGAUGCGCUCCGCGUUGCGCCCACCGCCCCUGACGCAAAGGCUGCCGCCGAUCGCCUGGCCCGCGAAGUCCACAAGGCUGGUUUUGAAAACCUGACCGAUGAGAACAUCCUCACUACCCUUGAGCAAUUCGCCACCAACAAAAAGUCUGGCUAUGAGCGCGAGAGCGCCGCCAUUGCCUUCCACUCCUUCGCGACGGUCCUGGGGGCGCCCUGUGCGCCUCUUUUCCUCAAGUCGCUCCCGGUUCUGUUUGAGUUGUACAUGGACAAGGGCGAGGUCGUUCGCGCCGCCGCCGCUUCCGCCACGAAGGCAAUCCUGAAGCUCUUCCCGCCCGAAUCUACUCGCAUCGUCUUCCGGACGUUGGAAGAUAUCUUGGACAAGGGCAAAUGGCGCACCAAGGUCGGCGUCCUGGACGCCAUGAAGGCCUUCGUCAACUCUGCUCGGGACGCCGUCGCCAACGAGCUCGGCACGACUAUCCCCAAGAUCGAGAGCGCUAUGCACGACACGAAGUCUGAGGUCUCCUCCGCCGCCAUGAAGUGCGCGACGGCGCUCUGCACCACUCUGGCGAACCCCGACCUCAUCCCCCAUAUUCCGGUGCUCGUCAAGUGCAUGUCUGACCCCGACUCCGUGCCUGCUUGCAUCAAGGCGCUCUCGAACACCACCUUCGUCGCGGAGGUCACUGCGCCCGCUCUCGCCGUCCUCGUUCCGCUCAUGAUCCGUGCCCUGAACGAUCGUUCGAUGGAGGUCCAGCGCCGGUCCGUUGUCGUUAUCGACAACCUGGUCAAGCUCGUCCGCGAUCCUACUGUUGCGGCCACCUACUUGAGCCCUCUUGUUGAGGGUGUCGAGAAGAUUGCCAAGGGUGCUGCAUUCCCCGAGGUCCGCGCGUUUGCCGAAGGUGCUCUCUUCACUCUUCAGAAGUCAGGCGCGUCCAAGGAUGGCCCUCCUCCCGCGCAUCGCGACAUUGUGGCAGAGACUACCGAAAUCCUCAACACGCUGCUCACUCUCAUCCCCGAUGAGCUGGCCGCUCCCUCGUCCGGUUCGCCCAACGGGCCUCGUGUUCCCCGCCACCCCGUUCUCAAGCAAGUCCUUGAGUAUAGCGCCGGGGCUUUGGCGGACGUGGUCCAGGCCCGCAACUUCACCGAGACCAAAGUGUGGCAACGCUGCGUUGGAGCCCCCCUCGAGCCUUGGUUCGCCGGCGGAUCCGUGGACUCCACGAAGUUCGCAGACCGUGUACGCUCACACUUCCUGGCGGUCGAUGAGGCCAAAUACGCGACCACCCAGACCGGCUCUUCCGAGGAAGGAGAGUUGCUUUGCGAUACCCUCUUCUCCCUGGCAUAUGGCGCGCUGUUGCUUUUGUCUCACACUCGUCUGCGUCUGUUCCGUGGCCGUCGCUACGGUAUCCUCGGAACGAACGGAUCCGGCAAGUCCACGCUUAUGCGCCAGCUUCGCGACGGAAAGGUGGAGAACUUCCCGCCGCAGGACCAGCUGCGCUGCGUGAUGGUCGAGCACUCGCUGCAGGGCGAGGACACCUCUCUUUCCAUUCUUGACUUCGUCGCGUCAGACAAGGCCCUGGCCGGUGUGCCCCGAUCGAAGAUCCGGGAUCAGCUCCUUGAGGUCGGCUUCGAUGAUGAGCGACAGGCUGAUAACGUCGGCGGUCUCUCCGGGGGAUGGAAGAUGAAGCUUGAGCUCGCGAGGGCGAUGCUAUACAACGCUGAUCUCCUCCUGCUCGAUGAGCCUACUAACCACUUGGACCGUGCAUCCGUCAAAUGGCUGCAGGACUACCUGAUGGCGCAGAAGAACGUCACCUGCCUCAUCAUCAGUCACGACUCUGGAUUCCUCGACACCGUCACGACCGAUAUCAUUCACUACGAGACCAAGAAGCUCGUCUUCUACCCUGGGAACCUGUCGACCUUCGUAGCUAACCACCCGGAGGCGAAGUCUUACUACACGCUCGCCGCUACAUCAGUCAAAUUCUCCUUCCCCCCGCCAGGCUCCCUAAUGGGUGUGCGCAGCAGUACGCGCGCCAUCUUGAAGAUGACGGGCUGUACCUUCACGUACCCUGGGAGGCCGAAACCCAGCUUGUUCAACGUCAGCUGUGCCCUGUCCCUGUCAAGUCGAGUGGGCAUCGUGGGACCGAAUGGAGCUGGAAAGUCCACUCUGAUCAAGCUCUUGACUGGCGAGACUGUGCCGCAAGAGGGCACGGUGUACAAGCACCCUGCACUGCGUAUUGGCUAUGUCUCCCAGCACGCUACGCAUCAUAUCGAGCGCCACCUUGAGAAAACGCCCAUUCAAUACAUCCAGUGGCGAUUCCAGGACGGACACGAUCGCGAGAUCUUGGAGAAGGCGACUCGUAUUCUCACCGAUGAGGAGAAAGCGAUCAUGGACACCGACUUUGUCGGAAAGAACGGCCAGCGUCGUAAACUUGAGAUGAUCAUGGGUCGUCAGAAGCUCAAGAAGUCGCUUCAGUACGAAGUCAAGUGGAGAGGCCUGGACCAUCGUUUCAACACCUGGAUCCCGCGUGAGGAGCUGCUUGAGAAGGGCUUCACCAAGCUCGUGCAGCAGUUCGAUGACCUUGAGUCUUCGCGCGAGGGUGCCGGACAGCGUGACACCUCCGCGCACAUCGUCCGCAAGCAUCUCGAGGACAUUGGUCUCGACGGAGAUAUUGCGCAGUACAACGAGAUCUCAGGUCUCUCGGGAGGUCAGAAGAUCAAGCUUGUCAUUGCAGCCUGCUUGUGGAACAACCCCCAGAUUUGUGUUCUGGACGAGCCUAGUAACUUCUUGGACCGCGAGGCGCUCGGCGGUCUGGCUGUGGCCAUCAAGGAGUGGGCUGGCGCAGUGGUGAUCAUCUCCCAUAACGAGGAGUUCGUGACCUCGCUCUGCCCUGAGAUCUGGCACGUCGAUGCUGGCCGGAUGACCCACAAGGGCAAGGCUGCCAUCAUCGAGGACCCGCUCAACGUCAAGUCGCCGAAGGGCAGCGGCGCGAACACGCCCGCCAAGGCGAUGACCCCCGCUGCGUCCGUCGCCGCGACGCCCGCGGGCAGUGGUGCGGAAGACAAGGCCAGUGGGACUGGCACGCCGCCCAUCAGGAAAAAGAAGAAGAUCACGCGCAACCAGCAGAAGGCACAGGAGGAGCGUCGGAGGAUCCGGAAGCUCAACUGGCUCACGUUCGGCGGUCCGAAGCCGGAGGAUACGGACAGCGACUGAGUGCGUCGCGAUGCGCUGGCGUGCGGCAGAAGCGUCCACUUGGUGUUCGCUGGGGUUCUUCUUGGGUCGUUUGGGGCGGUUUCUCUUGUCUAUAUACACACUCGCAUAAUCGUAGAAUGCGCAUUCGUUUGAUC